AUGGCCACCUCUCCCUCUGUCAACCUGGACCUUGACCUGGGCAUCGAUGCCGUCUUGGCCGAAAUGGACCGACUGGUCCGCAACGGCACGCACCCAGACCGUAUCAGCGUGUCCGGCGAUGCGGCUGUGCAAUGGGUCUGCGAAGCCCAAUGGGUUUACUACGACGGCCCGGACACCGCCGCUGCUGCACGCCGGGUGGACGCACAACUCGCAUUGCUGCGCUUGAUGCUGGAGCGCGGUGCUGAUCCCAACAAACGCAAGCACCGCAACUCCACGCCGCUGGCUGUGUGCUGUCGGCAGUUCAUCUGCUACUUUCAGGAACGUGCCCUGGAGAGGCUGGCCCUGGUGUUGGCAGCGGGCGGUGACCCGCGCCAGACCAAGGACCCUGCGCUGUGCAUUGUUUUGGGUCUGGGCACCAUGCGGGGUGAGGUUUUCUACAUGGCUUUCCGCGAAGAUGCGCCCCCGGGCCAUGCCGAUGCGGUGUUCCAAGCCGUCGACAUGCUGCUGCAGGCAGGCGCAGACGUGGAGGCGCUGGAUCACCGUGGAAUGUACCGGCCGGUGCUCAUGGCUGCGUAUGUGGGCAGCGUGCCGCUGCUGCGGUUGUUGAAAGAGCGAGGCGCCGAUGUGCAGGCCGCCAACCCCGAUGGGUCCAAUGCGUUGAUGUACGCCGCAGGCGAUGUGGACGGCCUGGCCAACAGCCGCGCAGGGCUGGGCGCGGAAGCCGUUGAAUGGGGCACGCUGUGGUCUACGCAGCCAGCGGAUACGGACACCUGUCUUGCGGCACUGCGCAGCGUAGCGGGCGGCACACCGGUUGUUCUGCCUUCGCAAGAGAUGACUUUGGCGGCAGAGCGGGUUCAUACGGUGAUGCCGAUGCUGGCGCGCAAGGCUGCAGGCCGGCACGCGCUGAAUCCUGGGCUUGAGCGAGUGGCAUGGCGUGCAGAACGCUGGGUGGCCCCCAUUACGGUGGUGACCGCAUUGGUCGGCUUGGUCCUGGCCAUCGUGGGCGUGUCGGUUGGCCAACUGGCAGAGCAGCAGCGCAACGAGGGACAAAGCCAGCGGGCCGAAAUGGCGGCGCUGCAAAGCCGCAUCCAGGCGGUGUCAUCGGUGGAGGCCCCCCAGACGUUGCUGCCGGUUGCUGAGUUCUCCCGCAUGCUGGAUGAAGGCGCGCGCCACGACCCGGUGGCGUUCAUGGCAGUUCUGAAAGCCGCUUCCAACAAGGACAUUCGCAUUCAGCGCGUGCGCCUGGAAACCACGAACUCGCCAGGGGGCGCUCAGCCCCGUGGCCGUGCCUUCCGGGUGGACGGUGUGGUGGCGCCUGGAGCCUCUGCUUCGGUGACGCGCUGGGUGUCGCAGAUGGCUGCGGCUGGCUGGACGCUCAAGGCUGUGGACCCUACCUAUACGCUGCCCGGCGCCUUCUCGUAUGAGCUGGUUGCAACCGCAGCAGCUCCUGGAAAUGUGAAACCAUGA